GAGUGUGUGUGUGAUAGUGUGUGAGAGAGAUUGAAGAGAGAGUGACGAGAUUUGAAGCUCAGGGCUAAGUAAUAGAAAGAAAAUUACUGCAAUAGAAGAAAAGCUGAAGACUUUACAAGUUGAUUUUCUCGCUGUUUGCACAUUACGAAUCCCUAUUAUAUAAUCUCGAAGAAGACGGAGAAGUAUCAAAAGAAGAGUUCUCAUUGAGGAGUUCAAUUCAUUAUGUCGCUUCUUCGGCAUUUUGCUACUUUGUAGUUGGAUUCAAGACAUAUAUAUUACGAUCAUUUUUAGGGUUUUCCCUUGGAGGUCUUAUGGAAUUUCUUUUCUAGCACCUGUUUGUUUGCUUGCCUGUGGCAGUAAGUAAAUGAUGGAUGACUUGAGCUCUGUUGACGCCAUUUUGAAGUUUUUAAGAAGAAACAACUUUACAAGGGCAGAGGCAGCUUUGCUUAAUGAGCUGAAAAGCUGUAACAGUAAUAAUGUAAAUGGGUAUCUUGAUAGACUUACAGUUGACCGGAAGGACCCGUGUACAGAGCUAGAAGAACGGAACAGGGGCACAAAACAUGCUGGAAACCAGGGGAAAAGUGGUGACAUUUCCAAGGAGAUGAGGCACGUGAUUGGGAGGAAUGAGUCUGAUCGGGAUAAGAGAACUACUGAUAUCUCUGUUGGACAAGUAAGUAAACCCUAUGAAAUCUCUGAAACCUUGGAGGAUAUCAAGCUGGAUCUGUGUUCAUGGAAAUUCACUCCUCCAAAUGGUCAGAUUGAACAUUGUCAGAAUGAUGGUAAUAUCUAUGGGGAUAGUUUCUUUGAAUUUAAGGUCCCCAGCAAUCAAAAAAAUUGUCAGGCUGAAUUUGAUUCAGCUGAUGUCAAUGCAAUAUCAGGAAAAGCCUUAUGUGUUUCCAACGAGAAAACAACAACAUGGUCUGAGAGUUCCAGCAAACCUAAAAACCUGCUGGUUGGUGAUAAAACGAAAGGCUACAAGUGUAAGGAUGGUUUUGUUGUUAUGGAUAGUCUGUGUUCAAAAAAAGCAGAACCUGCUGAUGGAACACUAGAUUUGAGGAAAGAUUGUUCUGUCAAAACUGUCUUUCCAUUGCCCACAAUGGGGGUGUUAAAUACCAAUGCUUCUCAUACUUCAGGGAGAGAGGAGGUAUACAAAAAAUCUGAAACUGUUGAUGCUGAAAAGGCUCUCAGCAUUGGUAGCAGUCAUGACUUCUUUGAAAGAAACGAUAUGAACAACAUUGGGUUUCUGCCUGCAUUCCAGCAUCAAAAGGAAGAGCUACCUAGAUUGCCUCCAGUGAGACUCAAGGCAGAUGAGAAGGCUGUAACUCACACUUAUGAAGAGCAGUUUAAUAAUGUUGGUUAUGGUUCAAAAAUUACAAAUGCCGACAACGGUCCCAUUAUAGGCUCAUAUCUCAAUGUUCCGUUUGGACAAGAAAUAAAUCUUGGAGGCAUGAAAAGGGGUGGAGGUGGCAGUUGGCUGUCUGUAAGUCAUGGAAUUACAGAGGAUAAUUCCGACCUUAUGUCUGGUUUCGCUGCUAUAAGAGAUGGCUUAAGUGAAUCUAUCGAUUAUACCAAUGAAUAUUGGGACUCUGAUGAAUAUGAUGAUGAUGACGAUAUUGGUUACAUGAGACAGCCUAUCGAAGAUGAGGCCUGGUUUUUGGCUCAUGAAAUUGAUUAUCCAAGCGACAACGAAAAAGGAACAGGGCAUGGUAGUGUACCUGAUGCGCAAGAGUCAGGUCCAAGCAAGGAAGAUGAUAACCAAUCAUUUGCAGAUGAGGAUUCCUACUUCUCUGGGGAGAAAUAUUUAAAACCUGAAAAUGUUGGUUCGGCUAUAGUCACGGGUGAUUCUAUAGUUCUGCAGGCGAAUGACAUUUAUGAGAGGACAUAUGAAAAUGGUCUUGUACCUAGGUUUGAUGAUGAUUGCUUGGAAAACAAUCACCAUGAUUCAGUUAGAUCUAUAGGUGUGGGAAUCAACAGUGAUGGCAUCAAUGAGGGUUUCGGAAGGGUCUCAGAUCAUGAAUGUGAUGUUGGCUUUGAUGGCUCAAAUUGGAAGUAUGAUAAUAAAAGGAAUGAUGGAAAGAGACCAAAUAGGCAGAAGAGUGGUACUCUUGCUGAUGGGACAUUUUCAUUUCCCUCUGGAAAAUCUUUGUGGUCAAACAACUGCAGUGAUAUUAACAAUGAAGCGGACGAUGAUUUAAAUAGUCAUGUAGAGGUGAAUAAUAUGCUAUCCCAGUGGAUGAAGAAAGCCAAUGAUUCAUCACCCGUCAAGAGCUCUAGGGAUGAGAACAAUGCUAGUGGCUUAGGAGCAGACAGUUCCCAACUACUAAUGCUCUGUAAUUAUGGUUAUACUGAAAAAGAGCUUGUAAAAAAUGUAGAUGAUGAGAAGGCUAUGGCUGCAGGGGAAGAAGACAGGGGGGCGUUCUUAGAGGACGAUGAAGCAGCUGUUGUGCAAGAGCAGGUAAGACAGAUAAAGGCACAGGAAGAAGAGUUUGAAACCUUUAAUCUGAGAGUAGUCCAUCGGAAGGACAGGACUGGUUUUGAGGAAGACAAGAAUUUUCAAGUUGUUCUGAAUUCUGUCAUAGCUGGCCGAUAUCAUGUCACUGAAUACCUUGGAUCUGCUGCAUUCAGCAAAGCAAUCCAAGCCCAUGACCUUCAUACUGGCAUGGAUGUUUGUAUUAAAAUUAUAAAGAACAACAAAGAUUUUUUUGAUCAGAGCCUUGACGAGAUAAAGUUGCUCAAGUUUAUCAAUAAGGGUGAUCCUUCUGACAAAUACCACGUUCUUCGAUUGUACGACUAUUUCUAUUAUCGAGAGCACUUGUUGAUUGUUUGUGAGCUUCUUAAGGCAAAUUUAUAUGAGUUUCAGAAGUUCAACAGAGAAUCAGGUGGAGAGGUUUACUUCACUAUGCCCAGGUUGCAGUCAAUUACUAUUCAGUGCUUGGAGGCACUUCAAUUCUUACAUGGUCUUGGUCUGAUACACUGUGACCUGAAACCAGAGAACAUCUUGGUGAAGAGCUACAGUAGAUGUGAGGUGAAAGUAAUUGACCUCGGAAGCAGUUGUUUUGAGACAGAUCAUCUGUGCUCAUAUGUGCAAUCCCGAUCAUAUCGAGCACCAGAGGUCAUCUUGGGACUCCCAUAUAACAAGAAGAUUGAUAUAUGGUCUCUUGGUUGCAUCUUAGCUGAGCUUUGUACUGGCAAUGUUCUCUUUCAAAAUGAUUCGCCUGCCACAUUACUUGCUCGGGUGAUUGGUAUAGUAGGUCUAAUUGACCAAGAAAUGCUAGCGAAAGGACGUGACACCCACAAAUAUUUCACCAAAAGUCACAUGCUUUAUGAACGAAAUCAGGAGAUAAAUCGAUUGGAAUACUUAAUCCCAAAAAAGUCGUCAAUGAGGCACCGGUUAUCAAUGGCAGACCAAGGGUUCAUUGACUUUGUUGUUCAUCUACUUGAGAUAAAUCCAAAGAAGCGCCCUUCUGCAUCUGAGGCCCUAAAGCAUCCGUGGUUAUCAUAUCCAUACGAACCCAUAUCUCCAUGAAUAUUCUCAAGUCUUUCCUUAUAGCUGAAUAUAUAGCCUCCUUAGGCUAAGAACCUGAAAUGCAAAUUGAUAUUUUGCACGAAAAACCGUUCAUGCAUAUACAUUGGAUUCCAAAUGUAGUCAGAUACAAGAAUGUUAUCAUUUUAUUUUAUUUUUUGCAGUUUUGUUCCAAUUUUUCUGGUGGUGUUGUACAGAAAUGUGAAUGAUUCUUUAAUAGAUGAACCCUGUGAACUGCAUUUGAGUGCUUGUUCCCAUUAAGAUGUAAUCUCUUGAUUUUGGGCUGUUAUCAACUGCUUAGUUAUGAACUUAUGAUGAAGUCUCUGAAUUGAUAAGCUGGCUAUACAUUUGAUGCUGGAUGUAAUAUUACUGCUAUUUUAUUACAAUCAGAGACAUUGUUUUUUGGAUA